AUGGCUGAGGAUACCGAUUCAUUUCCAAUGUUGGGAAGUGUUUACAGAGUUUCAGGUUCCAAGAUCAAUCACAUGAGCCAGAAUCUAGCCAAAAUCAAAACGAAUCUUUCACAGACUGGUGAUUCUCGGGUGAACUCAAGACAGUCCACGAACUUGGCUGGUGAUAGUGGUCCAAGAGCUUGUUAUCCUCAAAAUCCUAGUUCCAAUGUUUGGGGACAUCCAAAUGUAAUUUACAAGCUUGGAAAAUGGGGAAAUGGUGAAUCGGGAGAGACUGAAGGCAAAAGCCAGCAGGCUAACCCAGAACCCCACAAUGCUGUUGAAGAUGGAAAUAAUGAUGAAGUGGGUGACAAUGUUUCUGAUAUCAUGUUUGAUAGUGAUGAUGAUAUUUGUCUUGAUGAUGCUGAUGAUGAAAGCCAUGAAGAACGCAAGAACAGCAAGUGGUUCAGGGCAUUCUUUGAUGACUUAGGUGGCCUGACCAAUGAGAAUAUAAAUUCACAUUCAAGGGAAUGGCAUUGCCCUGCAUGCCAAGGGGGUAUUGGUGCCAUUGAUUGGUACCAAGGGCUACAGCCCCUAAUGAAACAUGCCAAGACAAUAAAAGCUAGGAGGGUAAGACUGCACCGACUGUUUGCUGAAACUUUGGAGGGGGAGUUGCUGAGUCGAAAAGCUCCAGUAACAAUGGAUGGUGAAGUCUAUGGCAGGUGGAAAGGUCUAGAUAAGCAGGUCAAAGAUCAUGAAAUAGUUUGGCCCCCAAUGGUGGUCGUCAUGAAUACAAGAUAUGAGCAGGAUGAAAACAAGAAGUGGAUUGGAAUGGGGAAUCAAGAGCUUCUUGAUUGCUUCAGUGAGUAUGCUGCAUUGAAGGCUCGUCAUUCAUACGGCCCACAAGGGCACCGAGGCUUGAGUGUUUUGAUUUUUGAGCCUUCAAUAGCAGGUUAUUUGGAAGCUGUGCGUCUUCAUAAGCAUUUUAAAGAGCAGGGAAGAGAUAGGGAGGGUUGGACUCAAUGUCAGAAUCCAUUUGUCCCAGGGGGAAAGCGCCAGCUAUAUGGUUACUUGGCUUCUAUGGAAGAUAUAAAUGUUUUCAACAGGCACUGUGCAGGGAAGUCAAAACUGAAGUUUGAAAUGAAGUCAUACCAAGAGAUGGUUGAGAGCAAGAUAAAGCAAAUCAAUAAUGAUGCACAGCAGGUUGACUAUUUCAAGAGAAAGGCAACUAAAGAGCAAAUCAAAUCACAAGUCCUUGAAGCCUCUUUGUGUCAAAUCAGUGAAAAGUUACGCCGGACCUUACAAGAAAACCGUGUUGUACGACAACGUACUAAAAUACAGCAAGACGAGAACAAGGAAGAGAUGGAUGCACAAGAACAGUUCUUCCUUGAACAAAUUCAGAUCAUUCAACAAACUAUAGAUGCAAAGGAAGAUAACUUUGAGAAAUUUCAGCAGGACAAGCGAGAAAAAGUAAAACAAUGUUGUGGAGGUUUUCCUGAGAAUGAGGACCACAAGCAAAGUGUGGAGAGAUUGUCCAGUUUCAUAAGGCUCCAAGACAAUGAGAUGAGGGAAUUUGAGGCUGAGAGAGAUAAAUUGGUAAAGAUUCAUGGAGAGAAAAAGUUGGCUCUCAAGACGAAGCUGUGGCAGGAAGAGCUCGAGCUCGAGAAGGAGUUUGAAAAUGAACUGACACAGCUCAUGAACAGAUUUACUUUAGGCCCUUCUGAGGAAGAAAAUGACAGGAAAUGAAUGUGGCAAGAGCGCAUGUAUCUGCAUGGGCUAGAGAUCAUGCAGAGAAGUGGCAAAAAAGCUUAUCUUCACGAGAUAGAUAGAUUAUGUGCUCUUAGUCCGGCAUAAAUUUUGCUCUGUUUCACUCAUCCUUCAAACUAGGGAAGAGCUUGAAUAGGUUGAUGUGAAC